UUGAGGAAUUUCCGAUAACCAGUAAAUUUCCCGAGAGCUAAGCUAAUGGGGGAACAUCAAAUCCAACACCCCUUCUCUCUUCCACCUCCGCCGCUGCCGCCUCUUCCUCCGCCCGCUUCACCACGCGACGACUCCGCUCCGCCGGAACCAUCAUCUCUGGACGAUCCUUCACCUCCUUCCGCCCCUCCUUUCGAUCCUAGCCGAAUGAUUGGGAUCAUCAAAAGGAAGGCUAUGAUCAAAGAAUUGGCAGCUUCAUAUCAUGCUGAGUGCCUCACACAUUGCCAAGAACUGUUGGAACUACAGAAAAAAAACGAAGAGAUGGGUAUUUAUGGGGAAUGUCGAUAUAUCCAUCAGCAGACAAAACUAUUUCAAGUGCUAUAAACCUGAAAGUAAGAAAGACUAGCAGGCGCCGAGAUCAUUUCAAUACCAUCGUAAAGGCGUGUGUAUCUAGUGAUGGACUAGUUUCAGAUAGAAAACUAUGUUAAGCUGUUGGUUCUUCUGAAUAUCUAAACAGAAAUCUUUGGCAAAAUAUUAACACCAAGAGCAUCGGUUGUGGUGGAGACUGAAAUUGGUGAGCAAGGUGAAAGAAGCAGCUUCAACAUUGAACAUCACUUUCAAGUGAAGGCGGAUAAUUUUCUGACCUGCAUUGUCUUGCAAUGAGUGUGAGAACUUGGACUUGGAAGAGCCGAAAAGGCACAUAGUCUGGUAGGGAAUUGGAUCAGCGGAGGCUGAAUUAUCGACUGUAGCUGAGAUUGCUGACGAGCCACUUAAUUAGUUAAU